GUAGUUGUAGUCAAGGAAGUGAACAAACUGGCGCGGAACCAGCAGCCAAUGGGAGGCGGGAGGUCACGAGGGUUUUUUGGGGGCUCAGGGGGAGCUUCUGACGCCCCCCAUGACCCCCCCCCCCCAGCGCCCUCAGGGGCGGAGGGACACCAGAACCCCCCGGAGCCACGUCGGCCGUGUGAAGGUGAAGAAGACAGGGAUGGCACAAGAUGGGAUCUGGUGGCUCCUCCUUCCCUUCUGUAAAACUCCUGUUUUCCAUGCAAAAUCCCCAAAUUUCCUGGAUUUUCCCCAUGAGAUGCUUUUCCAGGAUCACUGCCAGCGUCAUUGCACCUGUGUCCCUGGCCAGGGCCUUGCCUGCCAUGACCAUGCUUGCACUGAGGAUAAAUCCUGUGAAAUCCAGGAAAAGGUCUUGGGAUGCAUCAAAAAAGACCCCUGCAAGUCCCUGCACUGCAGCCCCAAGGAGCGCUGCUGGCCCCACGGUGCCCAAUCCCGCUGUGUCCCAGCCCUGGGUGCCACAUGCUGGGCAUGGAGUGACCCACACUUCCAUACCUUCGACAGCCUUGACUUUGACUUACAAGGAACCUGCACCUACAUCAUGGCCGAAUCCCAUGGGAACGACCCUGGGCUGUUGCCCUUCAGGGUCCAGGCCAAGAAUGACAUCCGUGGUGGGAUCCAAUCUGUGUCCUAUAUCUCCUUGGUCAAUGUUGACAUCUAUGGACAACACAUCUCCUUCCACCGGAAUGAAGAUGGCAGAGUCUGGGUGAACAGGGAGGUGAUGCUGCUCCCAGUGCUCCUGGCAGAUGGGAAGGUGCGGGUCCGUCCCACUGGGCUUCGUGUUGUUCUGGAUACAGAUUUUGGUCUCCGGGUCUCCUACUACUGGAACUGGCACCCCCGAUCAACCUCCCCAGCAGCUACUUCUGCCAAGUCCGUGGCCUCUGCAGGAAUUUCAACCUCAAGCCCCUUGAUGAUAUCCCCGAGGCUGGUGUAUCACUGCAAUUAUCACAUGGGCCAAAUCUGGAAAAGUGCUGACUCUGAGGUUAAUCACUGGAUUUGUUGGGGUUAUUGUGAUGGACCAUGCCCAGUGUGUGAUGAGGAGAAGAAGGAGCUUUAUGGUGGGAACCACUAUUGUGGGAUCAUCAAAAAAUCCUUCCAGGGCCCCUUCAGAGCAUGUCACGACAUGACUUCUAUCACAACUGCCUGUCUGACCAGUGUCUGAACAAUGGGGCAAGGUCGAUCCUCUGCCAGGUGCUGAAGACUUAUGCAGCAACGUAUCAGAAGCAUGGGGCCAUGGUCUAGAAGGAGUUUGCUAGAAUGCUUCCCUGCCAGCAGAGUGUUUUGUGCGUGAAGUAGAGGACGAUUCACCUCCGUGAGGAUGUAAGUGCGACAGGUUACAGAAGGAGAAGAACAAAGAGCAGAGCUCGGGGCUAACACAGAGUGUAGUGUACCGAAUUGGAAAAGUCCAGCAACAGCUCAUUCACAGAGUCAGCUAAGAAUGCUCUCGCUGCUUGAAAAAUAAAGUAUUUUUAGUGGAAUUCAUCACACGACUUGGAGAUUAGGUAUUUUUUAAAUUCUUAGUGUAGCUGAGUCUCUGAUCACCCAGUCCUUAGAUUACCCAAAAAGCCAUGCCAAAACAGAAAGCGUUUUUGAAACACCCCUUCUUCAAGCAGUCAUGGAACUGAGCACAAAAUAGUGCAUUUUUGUACCUUCCUUCUCAGAUAGACUUUCCCUCAUAUUUCCCACUCUCGCAGCUCCGUUGCCAGUUUUCAUAGACAAAGCUCUAGAAGUAAAAGCAAGUGCAGAGCUGCACCAUCCACUUGCCACGCGUAAACUGCAUUGAACUCACAGACGGAGGUUAUUCAUACCCUUCUCCAUUGAAUCUAUCAUUGUUUUGCCUUGGUCUCAUUGCGUAAAGUAAGUGCAAUUGUUCCCACAGAGGUCUGGAAGAAGACCAGGUAGCAGUACAAGUAGCUCUUGGUGAAUUGCCUCCUUACUUCUGCCAAUGUGCAUUUGGAAGCCACGCUCCUCUGGCAGCCACUGUGCCCAACAGCCCCAUGUUCUGCUCUUCUUUCUAUAUCUUUUGAGACCUGUGGCUCUUUAAUUCUCCUGGAGGCAAACUGUCUACUUUAAGCACAGAGCACUGUGCUGGCAGCAGAGAGCUCCUACAUACUGCUUCUGCUGAAGCUUGCCUGUAGCUUUCCUCUAAAAUUUGUGGAAAAUUCUAUUGGCACCACAUUCAGUUGGCAGUACUCUUUCCUUUUCCAUCUGUAACUCACUGACAGAUUGCCGCUUCUCUGCUCAAUGUACUACCACACAAAAUUCAGCUUCACAGGACUAAAGAUCCAGAGAGACAUGGCUGUGCUUCUGUUCUGUCCGGAUCACAUAAGGUGAAGAAAGAAGCAUUAAUGUGCGAGCAGUCACUGGUGCCGUUCCAUUUGGAUGCUCACUCAGUGAAACUGAAGGCUUAG